UAUAAGACGCGACAGAAGCAGAAUAUUCCCACACAACUUCGCACGAUAACAACAAACUCACAAUUCACAACAUUCACGACAUUCACAUCAAUUUCAACUGAAUUCAAUCAAUUACUUCAAAUUCUUUUCCACUCGAAUUCUUCGACAUUUCUCUUGCUCCAAACUCUUCAAAAGAUCUUUUCCAAUCCUCUUAUUAGGUACUACUCGGAAGAUUCAUCUCUAUAAACACACAAAGUCGCGUCUUUCUUUCGUCAUAAUCGAAGCUCGAUAACAUAACUUCAUACAACAAAAUGCCACCCAAGAAAAUCCCAUCUCCUCCCACUCGAGUUUCAACUCGAAAACCCUCUUCUCCAAAGAAGUCUCAGGUAGAGGCAAACACUUCUAAAGUCAUGAAGAAAGCUCUCGCACCUAAAAAAGCAGGUGUCGCAAAAAAUGUCGCGACUCAAAAGAAAGUCUCUCCUGUCGCAAAGAAGACAGCCAAAGCACAACCAGAUGUAGCCAAGAAGACUACGACUGCCACUAAAUCUACCACCGUCAAGAAGACGACUAUCACCAAAGCUGCCAUAGCAAAAAAAGUUGCUGCAGCUAAAGCCGCUCCAGCCAAACCUGCUGCCCCAAAGUCUAACAAGCGCAAAUCCACCGAAGAUGUCGAUGAACCUGCUGCCAAACCGUCGAAGAAGGCUAAAGUUACCAAAGCUACUGUAACUAAAAAGCCUGCCGCCAAAGCAGCCAACAAACCUAUUCCUGCAGCUAAAAAGCCAAAGGCCUCUCCAAAGCCCAAGGCUCCAAAGGUCGUCAAACCAAAAAUUGUCAAGCCAAAGGUUGUGAAGCCAAAGACCAUCAUUAACGUCGCUCCUACUCAACUCUUGGACAUAUAUGUUUUCGGUUGCAAUGAAGCUGGCGAACUUGGCCUUGGUCUUCAAACCAAAAAGGAUACCAUUAAUCGUCCAGUUAAGAACCCUGCCCUCACCGCUCUUGGUGUUGUUCAAAUGGUUGCUGGAGGUAUGCACGGAGCUGCUCUUACCAAGGAUAACAAAAUCCUUACAUGGGGUGUCAGUGAUGGACUCGCAUUGGGCAGAGAAACCGAUGACUGGGUUGCGCCAGAGAGGGAUGCCGAUGCAGAUUCGGAUGAUGAAUCAGACGCUGCAGACGCACGAAACCCAUUGGAAUCCACCCCGGGUGAAGUUGAUAUGACCAAAGUACCAGAGGGUACCGUCUUCACCCAAAUCACAGCAGGCGACAACGCUACAUAUGCUCUCACCAAUGAUGGAUUGGUCUAUGGUUGGGGAUCUAUUAGAGUAAGUUCAAUCACCAUAACCCUUUUGAAAUAGUACUAAUGAUCUUCAGGGCGCCGAUGGUCCAAUGGGCUUUACUAAGGAUGUCAAAGAGACCUUGGUUCCAAUACUCAUUCCUGGUUUGAAAAACAUUGUCAAACUCGCCGCUGGUAAUAACCAUUAUCUUGCUCUUAACAACAAGGGCUCUGUUUUUGCAUGGGGUGCUGGUGAGCAUAAUCAACUUGGUCGAAGAAUUGUUGAACGUUCAAGAUUGAAUGCUCUUGUUCCUCGCGAAUUUGGUUUACCAAAGGCCAUGGUUGAUAUUUUCUGUGGAUCAGAACAUAGUUUCGCUCUUCAUAAGAAUGGCACUGUUUACUCUUGGGGGGCAAACAACAUGGGCCAAUGUGGCCAAUUCACCAAAGAUGGUGCUUUGGCUGGAGAAGUUACUUCAACCGCCACCAAAGUUGAUAUUCUCAAAGGCAAAAAUAUCAAGAUGAUGGCUGCAGGAAAUGCAUCCAGCUUAGCGCUCACUCACGAGGGUGAGGUUUUGUAUUUUGGCAAAGCCUUGGAUGGUCUUUCUGGUCAUGAUGUUGAGGCACUUCCAGAGGAUGUCAUCAUCAGAAAUGAGCGUGAUCAAAGAUCCAUCAUUAAAACACCCCUCUCCUUCCCAUUCAAGGGAUCAUACAUUGCUAUGGGCAGUGAUCACAGCAUUGUCCUUGGUCCAGAAGGCAAAAGUCCCCACCAUUCUUGGGGAUUCAAUACAUACAGACAAACCGGUUUGGAAAACGAUCAAGAUGUUUACAUUGCGGAAGAGCUUAACAAUAAGAAUAUCGAAGGAAAGAAACUUGUCUGGGCAGCUGGUGGUGGUCAGUUCACCUUUUUGGCCGGCAUUCCUGAGAAUUAAAUUUUGAAUAUUCGCAUGUCUUUUCUGUUGAAUUGUAAAUAGAACCUCCUUGCAGUCCGGAUCUUUUCAUACGACUAACAGUUCAGCUCGAAAUCGGGCUUUCAGCAUUUAUCCAAUAUUGGAAACUCACCUGCUCUAAUUUUGAGGGCUGACCUUGAUGGAUCUCUGGUUUUUACCUAGGACUUUGAUCCGGACCACCAAGGCAUGCUCUCUCUUAAUCAUUGCAGGUGAGUGUCAAAUAUUGGAUAAUUGCAGGAAGGGCGAAAAUAGGGAGAAUUUCUCGUGGUGCGAGGGUUGAUGGGUGCAUUUAUGACUUGGCGUUGACGGAAUUGUAUGGAUAUCAAAAUGGGUUGGAUGCAUGCAUAGCAUUACUGAGUUCGUGGGAUGGAACAUGGAACAUUGGGAUGGAUGGAUCGGCGUUUAUGGAAUGUUUGAAUUUUUUUGUUGGGAUUCAUUAUGGGUCUUAUUAGACUUAAUUUUCGGAAUUGUUGGACUUGUCUUGUUGUUUAUUGCAAGUCAUUGCGUUUGUUAGACCACCUUUCUUUUUUUAGAAUUGGAAAUUUAUAAAGAAAACAUGGUGUAUAUAUAAU